UUGCACCAGCUGUUAGCCGCAGAUUUCCGCUCCAAGUGGACUUGAAACACACCAGUGACUCAUUGUUUACUGUGUCUGACACCAAGGCUCAGGUCUCCGGUUAGACAGAUAGAUAGACAGGCAGGCAGACAGACAGACAUAGAUAGAUAUCUAGAUAGACAGACAGACAGGCAGACAGACAUAGAUAGAUAGAUAGAUAGAUAGUUAGACAGACAGACAGACAGGCAGACAGACAGAUUUCCAGCUCUAACCCUCACACACGCCUCCUCCCCCUUGCCAUUUAAAAAGCAGCUGGCGCUCGGACCUGAGCGAGUGACAGAGUCGUAGAUGAGAGGGUGAGGCGGCCUCUCAUUCCGCCACCAUGACGCACAUCGCGCCACUUCUGCUCUUUGUAACAUCAUCAUCGUCACUGAUGUGGCCGCGCGCAGAAGCCUCCAUUCUGUGUGCGUGGACCACAGUGUUGUCCAGCGGGGAAGUGCACCACAGCUUCCUCCGCCGGGACGCUGCUUCUCUGCGGCUCUACCACAGCGUGCACGGGCCCGGGGCGCGCGCUCUGCUCCACUGCGCCUGGAGCGACGAUGCGUCAGUGAUCCACAGAUAUUUAUCUCAGUGUCAGGAGAACAGGCGGGACUUCACGGAUCACCUGGACCGAGACUUCCAUCCGACCUCUGUGUUUGAGGCUGAGGAGCAGUGCGUGUCUGUGGGUUCUGAGGAGGAUCUCGGGUGGCACAGUGGGAAAAGACUCGCGAGGAGCGCUGGUGACGUCCACGCGGCUCAGAAUAGUCAGGGUCAAGAUGGAAGGUCAGAGAUCAGCGGCCGUUUGCGUGUCAGGCGAGGUUUUAUUGUCCCCGGCACUCUGUGGUGUGGAUCAGGCAACAAGACGCUAUCUUAUGCUGAUUUGGGAGUAUUUGCAGACACAGACAGCUGCUGCCGGGAACACGACCAGUGCAAACACACCAUCCUGUCCUUUCACUCGCAGUUUGGGGUCUUCAACAGCAACAUCUUUACCAUGUCUCACUGUGACUGUGACAACAAGUUUCAUAGGUGCCUGAGGAAAGCAGACCACAGAAUAUCUGAUGUAGUGGGAUACACCUUCUUCAACCUGCUGAAGAUGCGCUGCUUUGAGUUCUCCUACCGACCCCAGUGUACACGGAGAAACUGGUUUGGGAUGUGUAAAGAGACUAAGUUGACUCUGUAUGCUGUGGUUCAUCCGCCGACACUGUACAAGUCCACCGUUCCACCGGAUGCCUUUGUGAACAUCACCAGCUCCACACCUGCAGAAUCAGAGCCACAGCUUCUUCUCAUGACUGCUGCUGCCUUCACAGUCCCAACACCUUUAACAAGAUUGCCUUCCACCUCCAUCACGCCUGGUAUCAGUGUCACAGAGACAUCGACAGGAUCACUACCUCAGAGUAGAGAUGAUACAGAGAGCACUCAACUCAUCCAAAACCAGACUGGGACUGAGCUGGACACUGCAGGACUGCAUUUGUCAUGUGAUAUCUAUGAGGAUCUGGAUGAGUGCAACGACAAGAUCCUUCCCAAACAAAUGAGACAUGGCCUCCACAACCCAGAGUCCAGGACGCUGUAUCACUGCAACUGUACCGCCAGAAUAUUCCAGUCUUUGGUUAAACAGAGGCGACUGACCAAAGUACACACUCUUCUGCUUGGGCACGUGUCUCAAUCUUGCUUCGUUCCCCAGGACUGCACAGCCGAUGAGACCUGUACAGCAGCUCUUGUGACAGCAGACUUCCCUCUGCUGGACCUGAAGAGUGGUGCAGGGGUGGAGGAGCAGAGCCAGGAGCAGAGCCAGGAGCAGAGCCAGGAGCAGAGCCAUCCAUGGGUAGUAAACCUGAAGGUCAGGAGACCACACAGUGGGAGAACUAAAGGGAAAGACAGAUCUGCGAAGCUUCACAAACUGUGUGUCAGGUUGACUCAUCCCAAACACAGGAACAACACCAGGAAACAUGGUCACAAUGCUCAGUAGCCAGUGUCACAGACCUUCAGUGCAAGUGACUCCACAAAAUCAACAAUAAAGUGGAACAUGAGACAUGAUGAAUGAAGUAACCAAUAAACACAGACUAAACGUA